AUUGAGGGGGGUUGAAAUGACCGAAAUAAACCAUAUUCUACCCCCACUCUUGGACGAAUGCGUGGUGGUGUACCUGGACGACAUCCUCACGUACUCGCGCGACAUGCAGCAGCACGUCCAACACCUACGACGCGUCUUCGACAUUGUUCGACGAGAACAAUUCUACGUCAAGUUAUCCAAUGCGAAUUCGCCCUCGAGAAAGUCCAAUUCCUAUGACACAAGGUUCGUGCCACAAUACGCAAAAAUCGCAACACCACCCACGAAACUGCUGAAGAAGAACACGCCCUAUAAGUGGGAACCAAAACAUCAGGAAGCCGUGGAGCAGCUGAAACAAGCACGCACGUCCGCACCCGUAGUCAUCUUGCCAGACCCCGAACGCGACUACGUCAUCGAAACUGACGCUAGUGACCAGGCAGUGGGAGCAGUCUUGAUGCAAGACCAGGGGAAUGGACUGCAACCAAUCACCUACCUCAGCAAGAAACUACACGGGGCAGAACAAAACUACCGGAUACACGACAAGGAGGCCCUUGCAAUUAUCAUCGCCUUCAAGACGUGGAGAUCACGCACCGAAGAGACAGCACAACUAUUCGUUUGCUAUAUCAUCUCACAACAUGGCAUUUCAACCUCACUCAUCUCCGACCGAAACCCCAAGUUCACCAGCAAGUUCUGGAAGGAACUGAUGUCUCUGCUUGGGACAAAACUCGCCAUGUCAUCCGCCUACCAUCCGCAGAUAGAUGGACAGACCGAGCGCCUAAACCAAAUUGUAGAGCAACUCCUUCGCGCAGCAUGCAAUGACGAACUCUCUAAAUGGGACUUGCAUCUGCCCGUCCUGGAGUUUGCCUACAAAAACGUCACUCACGUCGCUACUAGACAGACGUCGUUCUUCCUCUGUUACGAACUCCAUCCGCUCAUGCCACAAAAACCGACGGUCGGCUUUUAAUCCCAGCUGCUCCCACACAA